AUCUCCACCUCCUGGGUUCAGGCAAUUCUCCUUCCUCAGCCUCCCGAGCAGCUGGGAUUACAGGCACGCACCACCGUGCCCAGCUAAUUUUUUGUAAUUUUAGUAGAGACGGGGUUUCACCAUGUUGACCAAGAUGGUCUCGAUCUGUUGACCUUGUGAUCCACCCGCCUCGGCCUCCCAAAGUGCUGGGAUUACAGGCUUGAGCCACCGCGCCCGGCCGGAGGAGUGAUUUUCUAACACAGCCACGCCGGCCGCGGCUCCUUGGUUCGGCAUGUGUGUGAACGUGAUUCGUGGCAGCUUUUCAGGAGUUCUGGGCUUGGUGGGAGGCAUGGAGCUCAUCAGGGCCCCCCCCUGCUCUGCGGAGAUUUUCAUUAGGAGGAAACACUGGCCAGUUGGUUCUCAUAACAGUUAGAAAUUGUUCAUGCGAAACACCUGAGGCUCGCCCCAUGCUCACGUUCCCCACCUGGGGAGGGGCUGCCCCGGCGCUUUCACCUGUGGUCAUUCAGAGCCUCGAGGCCCAGGCUUACAGGUGACGUCGUCUCAGCGGCUCUCAGACCACCUCCACCGCCAGCCGGGCCUUGGUGAGGGUGGACGCUGUUUCCGAGUCCUGCGGAAUGUGACUGGUGGCUGAUGGAACUGAAUGUGGUCCCAGCUACUUGGGAGGCUGAGACGGGAGAAUCACUUGAACCCGGGAGGCAGAGGUUGCAGUGAGCCGAGACCACGCCCUUGCAGUCCAGCCUGGGUGACAGAGUGAGACUCCGUCUCAAAGAGGAAAGAAAAAAAAUUCAAUGAGUCGGCUGUUCCCCGUGAGUGGAACCAGGAAGACAGGGAUGACCCCAUGUUGGCCAAGGAGAGGACUGGCCUGCAGAGACCUGGCCCUUAGACACCUUCCUCUGGAGCACCUGUGCUGUGCCUGUCCCCAGCAGCCCACACCUCUCUCCGACCGCCCGCGUGGCGUUUUCAGUCGCCGCCUGGACACCCUGAGCCAGGAGUGAGCCGCCGCUGCACUGCCCAGGCCAUGGACUGCGAGGUCAGCAAUGGUUCCGACCUCCAGGAUGAGCGCAUCACAAACCUGCUGGUGUUUGGCUUCCUCCAAAGCUGCUCCAACCACAGCUUCCACAGGGAGCUGGAGGCGCUGGGCCACGAGCUGCCCCAGUGGGAGGAGCCCGAUGAGGAGCUGCAGACCGACGGCAACCGCAGCAGCCACUCCCCCGUGGGGAGAAUAGAGGCAGAUUCUGAAAGUCAAGAAGACGUCAUCCGGAGCAUUGCCAGGCACCUCGCCCACAUCGGGGACAGCAUGGACCGCAGCAUCCCCCUGGACCUGGUGGACCGCCUGGCCCUGCAGCUCAGGAACGCCUGCCGCUCGGAGGAGGACCGGAGGAGGGACCUGGCCAGUGCCCUGGAGCAGCUGCUGCAGGCCCACCCUACGGACAUGGACAAGGAGAAGACCAUGCUGGUGCUGGCCCUGCUGCUGGCCAAGAAGGUGGCCGAUCACACGCCGUCCUUACUCCGUGAUGUCUUCCGCACAACAGUGAAUUUCAUUAACCAGAACCUACGGGCCUACGUGAGGAGCUUAACCAGAAACGAGACGGACUGAAUGGACGGUUCCGAAAGCAUGACUGGCUACAGCUCGGCGUGGCCACAGCCGGGUAGCUGCUUCAGUGCAGGCGGCCCCUGGCAUGUCGACAGCGCUCCUAGAGAAGAUGGGCUGGAUGGCGGCUGUGAUUUCUAUCUCAAAGACAAUGUUUUAAGCUUAUAACCCAUUUCAGAAUAUCCACAUUAAUAUACUUGAAUGAAAAUGUCCAUCUGCACGUA